AUGCCCACCCGUGGGUCGCGAGACAGAGAAAGGGCGCUGCCAGAGAAGGAUGCAAAGAGAGCGCCUGAUGGGAGCCUGGCAGAGGUUCGAUUCAUCCUGUGUCUGGCAGUGAGGCCCGACACCGACAGCUGCGACUGCAUAAAAAGGAGUGGUUGCCUGGUGCUCUGCCUUGGAGUGUCUGCCUUCACUUUGCUGCUGCAGACAUUCUGGGUGCCUCUUGAAAUGUCCACAAAUGACCCUGCUGGGAGGUCUCCUGCUGACGACCAGGGUCAGCGAGGUCCUCGUUUUCGUAGGCUGGCUCUUCGCUUGGAAGCUCUUGGUACUCAGGUGCAGCGGCUGAGCAGAGAGCGAGAUGCUACCAUGACCUCAGAGGCUCUCCAGAUGCUUCUACAGAGCUUUCGACAGAAUCAGCAAGGCUUGGCCCGUUUGGUGGAGACGGAGCUAAAGAGGGUUUCCCAGAAACUGGACCAAUUCAAUCAUCAUCGCUUGUCUCAUGCAGCCGCGACACGUGAGAACCACGCAUAACAAGAAGGGCCCAAAGAGGAAUGUGCGGUGCCUGUAGAUCCUGCUUAUCCACUAUGUGCGGAGAAAGUCGAGUUCCUGCAGGCCAAAUGGCAGUCAGACCCCUGCUACGCCUUUUAUGGCGUGGAUGGUACCGCCUGCUCCAUACUGACUUACCUCAGUCAAAUAGAAAACUUCUGCCCGCCUCAAUCUGGACGGAACCACUCUUCACCUCCUUGGCAUCAGAGAGCUCACAAAGACACAAAGAAGGCGAUGAUAAGGACGACUAUGAGUUCACUCUAUGAAGUCAUCAAUAACAGCAGCGGCCCGGCACUUGGAUUCAUGCGCUCCAGAGUGGAAAUGAUGUCGGAAUGCUGGAGACAGGCUGCCCUCAAGAUGAUGCAGCAGAACAAGACACAUGCAUCCCUCAUGAGGGUGCUGCUUUACCCCGGCGCUCUCGCUGGGCCUGCAGGGCAACAUUUCCAAGCCACGGUGGACACAGGGGGUCCUCUUGGAGAGCUGGUCCAGUGGGCAGACCUUAGCGCCUGUUUGACUAUCCUGGGUCACAAUGUGAUCCUCACCACCUCGCAACAUCACCUCCACAGACUGAUCGGUGCGGCUCCGGGCCGAGGCAGCUGUCCCAUCCAGAGGCCCCUGACCUUUGACCUAAUCUAUACCGACUAUCACGGUCUUGCUCACCUACAAGGCGCCAUGGGACUGGCUUUCCAGCAUUACCAAUGUCGCUUCAGGAUCCUGGACUCGUUUGGCACCGAACCAGCCUUCAACUUGGCCAGUUACGCACGUGCCCAUGGCUUUCAAACACUCUGGGGUAGCUGGGGCCUUCAACCUCUGCAGUACAUGACUAUGUUCCCUCAUACACCUGAUAACUCCUUCCUGGGCUUUGUAAGCGAGGACGCGGAGAGAGGCCCGGAGUCGGACCUCAGCAGGAAAGAGAAGAUUGCCGUCAUCUACGGCAAACAAGAGUACAUGUGGCAGGGGCUUUCAGAGUAUGUAAAGGUAAUCAGUGAAGAACUGGAGACUCACGCUACAGUUUACCAACCUUCUGGACACGUCUCCCCUUUGCCAAGCUAUGUAAGAAAUCACGGCCUGCUCUCUCAAAAGCAGUUCUUGAGUCUUCUCCGCAGAGCCAAGGUUUUUGUAGGUCUCGGUUUCCCCUACGAGGGUCCGGCGCCCAUCGAGGCCAUCGCUUUGGGCUGCGUCUUCCUGCAGCCGCGACUCGACCCGCCUCACUCCUCGGACAAUAACGACUUCUACAAAGGCAAACCCACAAGUAGAAAGAUCUCCUCCCAGCACCCGUACGCUGAAGAAUUCAUUGGUAGACCUCACGUGUGGACUGUGGAUGUGACCAAUGAGACGAGAGUACGGGAAGCGGUCCGAGAAAUUCUACGCGCAGAUGUGAAGCCUCUCGCUCCUCGAGAGUUCUCCUGUGAGGGAAUGCUGGAACGGGUUCAUCAUUAUAUCACACAGCAGGUUACGUCUUAUUCACCAAGCGGAAAUGUUGACAUAUCAUUAAUCAGCCCCAAUGUGAUUUUCCAGAAUUUCUGUACUCCAUCAAUCGUCACGUGGCCGCCGGAAAGCGCGCUAAGGGUGCACAUGGGUCCCCUCGGGCAGUCAUGCGUCAGCGUGUGCGCCCGCGCCUCGCUGGUGUGCGAACCUUCUCACUUUCACCGCCUCAACAACCCCGAAGUCUUUGCAAGGCUUGCGAUCGAUUGUUCCAGCCUGGCCCGGGACGUCGAUCACAUCUUGCCCGCUUACACCCCGUGGGGUCGGCACUGUCGCCUGCAGCAAGAGCCGCUGUUGUUCAGCUGUGCCGGUUCGGACUCUUCUCACCGCCGCUUGUGUCCGUGCAGAACUUACCAACCUGGACAGGUUGCACUCAGUCCUUAAUCUUUAGGGAAGUGUUUCAAAUCCUUUACACAUAUUUAAUUUUUUAUUUUUUUUUGCUAUCACUGCAGAACGUUUGCUUAGUUGUGAAACUCGUCUUUGGUUUUGUCUUUA